AUGUUAGCUAAUAGUCUUGUCCGAUUGCAGAUUUUAGAGGAGAGUGAUGGUAUGAUUGCUUUUAUUGAGGCUCGAUCUUCUUUAGUCGAGAAGAUCCUUGAACACCAAUUUGAUGAUGACAAGUUAUGUAUCAUUCGAGAGAAAAUGUUGAGAGGGGAAGCCAAGGAGGUUGUCCUUGAUUCUGAUGGUGUCUUGAAUAUCAGAGGGAUGAUUUAUGUGCCUAAGACAAGCGAGUUGAUUAGAUUGAUUCUUGAAGAGGGCCAUUGUUCUCAAUAUUCCAUCUAUCCGAGAGCGACGAAGAUGUGUCAUGAUCAGAGUCAAGUGUUAGCACCAGUGUCCCGGGGGUAUAUCUCAGAGGAUGCCUAUUCCUACUUGGAAGUGAAGUAUACGACAAAGAAGUUAGCAGAACUUUAUAUCAGUCAAAUUGUGCGACUACAUAGAGUCCCAGUUUUAUUGUCUCUGAUCAAGGUUCAUUGUUCACUCCCUAUUUCUGGAAGGCAUUACAUCAUGGGCUGGAUGGCCCCAUUUGAGACGUUGUAUGGUAGACAUUGUAGAUCUCUGAUCGGAUGUUUUGACUCAGCAGAGAUGGACUCUUUGGAUACAGAAUUGCUUCGAGAUUCUAUGGAUCAAGUUCGUAUGAUUCAGUAUAGACUGUUGACAGCCCAGAGUUGA